AUGAAGAAAAAUUACAACGUAAUAAACAAUGAUGGUGAAGAUGAUAUAUAUAAGUAUAACGAAGGAAUUCGAUACAGAGAAUAUAAGAAAACUAUUAAAAAUAUCCAAAUGAAUUUUGAGCAAAUUUUAAGUGAUUGUAAAGACAAUUUUAGUUAUAAUGAAAAUGAUCUAUAUAAAAAAAAAGAAAAUGAAUUAAGUGAAAUAAUUUCUGAUAAAAAAAAAAAAGUCGAACAGCUAGAAAGUUUACAUAAAGAAGGGAUACAAAAUUUACAAAUAAUGCAAAAUUAUUUUAGUCAUAAUAAAACAUAUGCUUUAGAAAUUUCUAGAUAUUUAAGUAUAUUUGAUAAAUUUAAAAUACAACUUCAAAGUGUUAGAGCGAUUUUAGAUAAAAUAUGUAUGUAUAAUAAUAUUCUAUAUAAAAAAAAAAAUUCUCUCACACACCAUUUUAAUAAAGAAAAUGGAAAUAAUAUCAGUAAUCAUAUAAAUAAUGUAAAUCAUGUAUUUAAAGAAAGAAGUGCAUUAGAAUAUUCUCUUAGUGAAUUAGAUAAUAUUCUAUCUAUAGGGAAUCAAACUAAUAUUAAAUUAAAAUUACAAAAUUCAUAUAUUGUUAACCAAAUAAAAAAAAUUAAUAUUAUUAAUACCCAUAUACCUCAGAUAAAAAAAAUAUUAAAAAAAAUUAAACACUAUAAUUUAAAGAAAACUAUAAUUUUAGCAAUUGUGAUAGCUCUUUGUAUAUUUGUUUUUUUUAUGUUCAGGUAG